AGCAGCCAUUGCCUGCCUCGGAAUUGGCUCCCCUGCAAUUAAGGCUCGACCUCGCCCCCAAACCCCAAAAGGGGCCGCGCGGGGCAUGUGCCUCUUUCCUCCAAGGGCGGAGAGGGCUUCUUGGGGUGGCUGGAAGGGGUGGCUCCGGGGGGGUCUCUCGGGUGGGUCUCUCUCUCUCUCCUUUCCCGACUCCUGGGUGAAGGUCGCUUCCCCUUCCACGCGUGGGCUUGGGGCUCCUUCUCUCCUCCUCCAGCAUGACCACGUCUCCCGACUACCUGGUCGUCCUCUUCGGGGCCACCGCCGGGGCUCAGGGCCCUCUGCUGGGCUCCGACGAGAGGGAGCUCAUCCAGCUCCUGUGGAGAGUGGUGGACCUGGCCAACAAAAAGGUGGGAAAUCUUCACGAAGUGCUGAUUGGACCUGACCAGUUGGAGUUGACCCAGGAGUGCCAAGAAGUCACCAAUAUUGCCGAAGACAGCUUGACCCUGGCUGUGCAGCUGGAGCAGGCAUUGAGACAGUUUAAUCAAUCUGUGAGCAAUGAACUAAAUAUCGGUGUAGGUACUUCCUUCUGUCUCUGCACUGAUGGGCAACUUCAUAUCAGGCAGGUUCUCCACCCUGAAGCCUCAAAAAAGAAUAUCUUGUUACCUGAAUGCUUCUACUCAUUUUUUGAUCUGCGGAAAGAAUUCAAGAAGUGUUGUCCUGGUUCACCUGAAAUUGACAAACUUGAUGCUAACGUGAUGGCAGAAUAUCUGAAUCUUGAGAAGAACAAUUCAGUGCAGCGUCAUGGAGUAUCUCAAGUAGAAGAUAUGGGAAACAUCAUUUUAACAUUAAUUUCAGAACCAUACAAUCACAGGUUUUCAGAUCCAGAAAGGGUGAACUACAAAUUUGAAAGUGGAACCUGCAGCAAGAUGGAACUCAUAGAUGAUAACACCAUAAUCCGGGCAAGAGGCUUGCCAUGGCAGUCAUCAGACCAAGACGUUGCAAGGUUCUUCAAAGGACUGAAUAUUGCCAAGGGAGGGGCUGCACUUUGUCUCAAUGCCCAAGGCAGGAGGAAUGGAGAGGCGCUCGUCAGGUUCGUAAGCGAAGAGCACCGGGACCUAGCUUUGCAGAGACACAAGCAUCAUAUGGGGAACCGGUACAUUGAGGUGUACAAAGCAACAGGAGAAGACUUCUUGAAAAUUGCUGGAGGGACAUCCAAUGAAGUUGCUCAGUUCUUGUCUAAAGAGAACCAAGUGAUUGUUCGCAUGCGGGGUCUGCCAUUCAACGUAACAACGGAGGAAGUGUUAACCUUCUUUGGUCAACACUGUCCAGUGACAGGUGGAAAAGAAGGAAUCCUUUUUGUGACCUAUCCUGACAAUAGGCCAACUGGAGAUGCAUUUGUGCUGUUUGCGUGUGAGGAAUAUGCGCAGAAUGCAUUAAAGAAACACAAAGACUUGUUGGGCAAAAGGUACAUAGAGCUCUUCAGGAGUACAGCAGCUGAGGUUCAGCAGGUACUAAACAGAUACUCCUCUACUCCUCUCAUUCCUCUUCCAACUCCACCUAUCCUUCCUGUACUACCUCAGCAGUUUGUACCUCCGACCAACGUCAGGGACUGCAUACGACUGCGUGGUCUUCCUUAUGCUGCCACUAUAGAGGACAUUUUGGGAUUCCUGGGGGAGUUUUCUGGUGAUAUCAGAACUCAUGGGGUUCACAUGGUGUUAAAUCACCAGGGUCGACCCUCUGGAGAUGCUUUUAUCCAAAUGAAAUCUUCCGAACGAGCCUUUAUGGCUGCUCAGAAGUGCCAUAAGAAAACCAUGAAGGACAGAUAUGUUGAAGUCUUUCAGUGUUCUGCUGAGGAGAUGAACUUUGUAUUAAUGGGGGGCACUUUAAAUCGAAAUGGCUUGUCCCCACCACCAUGCAUUUCUCCACCUUCAUACUCCAUUCCCGCUCCCACAGCAGUCAUCCCAACCGAAGCCGCGCUCUACCAGCCUUCUGUGCUCCUUAAUCCACGGACACUACAGCCUUCCACCGCAUACUACCCAGCUGGCACCCAGCUCUUCAUGAACUACACCGCAUAUUAUCCUAGUAUGCAGCAGAGAAUGGAUCUAUACUCACAGAUGAGUCGACCAGGUCAGUGCCCAAAGAAUGGAUUUAUCUUUAAAGGUCCAAGCAGUUAGAUAUUCUCAAUAAUAAAGGUUCAACCUAACUUUCUGCACAACUGCCAACCAAAUGGAGAUUUCUCUGAAACCCUGCACAAGAAAAGUUUCCACUGUCUUGGAUAUCUGCCAAUGUUUUUGUAUCGGUUUUUUAAACAUACACUUUAGUAUUUUUUUAACAUACACUUUACCAGUGACCACAGAGACAG